GAGAGAGAGACUAUGGAAAUGUCUAAGCAAACAGCAGCUCUUGCCUUGAGUGGCUGCUCUGGGCUCUCUCAGACCCCCCCUUCUGCCUAGUAAAGUGCAUGAGAUCUCACAUGAUCACCCGGCGGCUGUGUAAGCCUCUCAUGAAUACAUCAUCUGCAAGAUUAGUGCUCGUACCUGCACACCCGCUGCGGGUGUCAGCACCCACCUUUUUUCUAUAGAUCUAUAUAUACACCGAGUGCCUCUGCAUGUGUAUUGAAUCCGUAUACACAGCAAGGACUGCACAGAUUGAAAAGCACUCGCAUCCUGCCUGCUCCAUGCAAGAUCUGUAAGCAGUGAGUCUUUUGCUUUAGGAGGGGUGGGACUUUUAGGGGGAUUUUCCUCCAUCCUACAAUUCUUUUUUUCAUCUUUAACCCUUUAUCCAGUGCGUACAGUUUCCUGAUUGUUGAUGUAUGAUUGUCUCUCUUUUUGCUUCCUUGUGUUCCUUACCAAGUACAGGAGCAGCUGCAGCUACUGUGAAGCUGAUAUAGAAAACGACGUUUCAUGUGUCUGAUGUUGGAUAUCGUGGCUCAUCUUAUUUAUUUCAAACUGUUUCCUGCUCUUACAAGUUGAUCUCCUGGGGACUGGACAGCUUUGCAAAAAAAAAAAAAAAAACAGUGACUUUUUCCCUCCUGUUGAUGCCUGCGGCAAUAUCUGGACCUCAUCUUUAUGUAUGUGGCUGUUUUAUGCAGAAGACUUGGAUGCAUUUCCAGGAGUUUGUUGUUUUUUGUUAUUUCCCCCCCCCAAUAUAAAGCAAUUUAAUUUGCAUCCCGUGCAUUGAGUUUGGAUGUAAGACAUCACAUAGCUCCUAGGAUUGUUCGAUUUCUGCUCGAGCAUCACCCUGCUCAAAGGAAGGACAAGGACGGAGGCGGGGGGUGAGGAUACAUAAAGUACCCCCAAAGACACAGACUGCUCAGACAGACAGUACCACGUCUACUUUACAGUAGUACCUUUGGAGAAAGCAAUUUAAGAUUAUUUUUCUAUAGAUGUGUGAAAGAGAAGCUCUUGUACUCAGUAUCCCUUUAAGUUGUGCAUCAGCAACAGCUUUUUCCUAAAGCUUCCUCUCGUUGACAUUGUGCAAACCUUUUAACCAUCAAGUGCCACAAACACCAAUUCUCGCAUACAUAGUAACUUUCUACAGAACAAGAGGUGGCAUAUACAUUCUGGACUGCGCAGAAGCCGAGAGACCUCUUCAUAAGUCACUGACUUAAAUCAUAGUAUUCACUGAGUUUGGUACUAGGAUUGGCAUCUGGACCAUAGUGUGCCUGAGGUGCGUCCAGGGAAUGUGUCCCUUAUUUCCCAGCCCUGCUCUGUGUGCAGGGAGCUCUGUGUGAAUGUGCACCGCCCUGCUCUCAGUAGCAGCCACAGCUGCCUUACGGCCCCCAGCACCUCCCUGAGCCAGGCUGUCUCUCCCUCUGCUGCAGCAGUGUCCCUGACACAUUCACGCACCCUUUCCUAUUAACUCCAAGGGAGGGGGAAAAAGCAGCAGCCCUGUCCCUGAAUAAUCCCAGGCAUCUACUGCACCGCUUCUCUAGUUCGUCUCUAUUCGCUACUCUCGCGCCCCCUCUUUUUGACCGGGAGUGAUGUUGCACGUGGAGAUGUUGACGCUUCUGUCUCUGCUACUCUGGAUGUGUGUUUGCAGCCAGGAUCCUGGCUCCAAGGUGGUUGCUGAUCGUUAUGCGGUGUACUGGAACAGCACCAACCCCAGGUUCAUGAGAGGUGACUAUCACAUUGAUGUCUGUAUCAAUGAUUACCUAGAUGUAUUCUGCCCUCAUUACGAAGAUACCGUGCCUGAAGAUAAAACUGAACGAUACGUUUUAUUCAUGGUGAACUUUGAUGGCUACAGCUCCUGUGAUCAUACAUCCAAAGGCUUCAAAAGAUGGGAGUGCAAUCGACCCCACUCCUCCAAUGGACCGCUAAAGUUUUCAGAAAAAUUCCAGCUCUUCACUCCCUUCUCAUUAGGAUUUGAAUUUAGACCAGGAAGAGAAUAUUUCUAUAUAUCUUCAGCAAUCUCAGACAAUGGAAGAAGGUCCUGCUUAAAGCUCAGAGUCUAUGUACGGCCAGCAAACAGCUGUAUGAAAACUAUAGGUGUUCAUGACCGUGUUUUCGAUGUUAACGACAAAGUAGAAAAUUCUUUAGAACCAGCAGGCUUCGAUUUCAGUGAAGCACCAAGUUACCCCGACAAUCUGACCAGCCCAGAACCCAAUGACACCGUUCAUGAAUCAGCUGAGCCAUCCCGUGGAGAAAAUACAGCACCCACACCAAGGAUACCAAACUGGCUCUUGACAACUCUACUGUUUCUCCUGACGAUACUUUUGACGUUAUAGCACAGUAAACUUCACAGACCAGCUGCAGAAAAAACUAGGGUCUUGGAACAUCACAGAUCCACCUAACUGCUUCACACAAGAAAAAAACUUUUUUUUCCCUGAAUUUUGUUUUUUAUUUUUGCUUUAUUUUUAUGUUUUUUUUCCCACUAUCAAGCGAACAUGAGCUCCAGGAGACUAUUUACUUCACAUAUGCUAGAAUUAAAGACUUUUUUUUCCCAGAACAUAAAAAACAGAAAAAAAGCCUAAUCAAAAUGCCAAAUUUUAAUAGUAACACUAGUGAAUUAAAGUUUCCCUUGCAUUCAGUUUUAGGACGUCCCUUAUUUUGGUACACAUUCUUGUCUGCGUGAAUGGUGAAAGUGAAAAGAACCACUAUAAAUGGAUAUUUCAUUAAAGGAAUCAAAAUCUAGAAGGAAUUUCUGCUGUGUUGAUCGCCUAAGAGAAUUGUUCACAGGUGUGGCAGAAUAUGCAUAAGAACAUGAGUGGAGACAUCCUGAAAUUUCAGAAGGUUUCUGAGGAAAUGUUUAUCUGAGAAGACAAUAUUCAACAAAUCUCCUAAGCACUCUUAACUGCACUAAGGGAUUGGGGAUAUUUUUUUUUAUAUGAUUAUUAUUGUUGUUUUUAAUAUAUUUUAUGUCACUUAGAGUGCAGAGAAUUCUACUAUUUAAAAAAAAAAACAUAGGCAGAUAAUACCAUAACUAGAUUGCCAAGGUGCUACAUUUUUUGAUUUUGCUGUUCUACAAUUCACAUGCAUUUUGUAUAUAAAGUGACCAUGCCCAAAGGUUAACUGUCUUUGGAGGCAGCCAUAAGGUACUUCCUAUGUCCACAGUCUGAUAAUACUGUAUGUGUGUCAGCAGGAAGUGUUUCAUAUUACUGAAGUUUAUUUUUUAUUUUUUACAUUAACUUUACUAUACCGUUAUUAAACAAACACUUGACACCAUUUUGCAGAGUGACAUGCAUGGUGAAUAAACAUCUCUAAAAGAAAAUGAAUAUUUCAUUGAAAGAAACAGAGGCAAGCUUCUGUUUCCUCGUUUGACGCCUUUGAGCGGAGUAGCGAGUGCAAUGGAUUGCUUUGCUGUGAACCAACAGUAUAUAUGGAAGAGCACUUGCAAUUCCUUUAGAUGGAAGUGGUAAACUACAGUAAAUUGGCUCCCAAAGAUUUUAAGGAAAUCAUUUCAAACAACUGGUAUAUGCAUUACUGAGGAACAUUUAUGCUGAAGUUGACCACAUGCUUUUUUGCAUAAAUUAAUGUUGAUAAACUUGAUUACAACAGUGUGCAUCAAACCAUGGUUAUGUAAAUGGACAGCUACCUAUUGUCUUGUAAGAACAUUCAAAUAUGGACGCUUAAUAACUUUUCAGGGUGCCUUGAGUUUUUUUUUUGUUUAAUUAUUAUUGAUGUAUAGCAAAGGACAUGACUCAGACACUUCAUAUUCACCAAAAGUACUUUACGUAAAAAAGCCUUUAACAAACUGUGAUUAUGUUUAAUAUAAAACUUUAAAAAAAAACAAGUACAAUAAUACUUUUAAUAUAUUUGUAAAAAAAAAAUCAAUACAUGCAUACAUAUAUAAAUGGUCAUAGUUAUUCAACAGCAUUUUCUAACUAAGUCAUGUAUUUCCUAGAGAUCAGAAUGCAAUGGGAGGUGCAACAAGAGCCUUUUAAAAAAAAAUCCAUGUGUUGGCCUGGGUUGCUUUAAUCUAGAACAAUAGUAUUAUGCAAUUAUUUUUUACAUCGUAUAUACAAUAAACUACAAUAAAGCACAGAGAAAUAACCUAAGAAAUGAUUAUUAUAUUAUGCCAUAGGCUACUUUGACGGCAGUGUGAUUCAUUCGUAUACUGUAGUUUGUCGUAUCACAACUUUACAGUGUUAGCACAAAAAAACUACCUUCAUUAGGGUUCCAGCCUUUAUGUUGCUAUUACGAGCAAUUAUUAAUGCAGAUGUAGCAGCCAUCUAAAUUGGUAGAAACCAUCAAACCAUUAUAUAAUACAUACUGUGUGUAUGUUCUUUUAAACAGCAUUACAGAUGACAUUUAAUAACAUAUUAGUAACACUGCUACUUAUGUACAUUUGUGUUGUGAUGGGUGUUAAUGUAUUUAACAGCCUUCAAAUUGCUUUAGACAUUUUGGGGUUUUAUGUUGCUAUUAUUAUAACUGUAUUAAUUAUUAUCAUGAAGUAGCAGUUAUUAUUUCUUUUUUUUCUCAUUUCAAAAAAUAUAUGUCCUUAUUAUAAACAGGUACAGUAACUGAUAAUUGACAGAAAAUAAACAACAUUAUUCCUUUUUUUAAUUUUAAAUACAGACAAUGAACUUAUUAUAUGUUGUCAAAUAAGUUUAUCCAGUUGGACAGAGGCUGGUUACAGUCACAUAUGAAACUGCAAUAAGUAAUGAUAUUCUGGAAGACUAUUUCUGUAUUGUUUCAAAUAUUAAUUAUUUGAAGGAGGGUGGGGCAAAUUUUAGAGCUGCUCAUUGCACUUGAAGUCUCUUUUGGCUUUCUUCUCUUUUUCUUACACACUCUGUCUUUUCCUCUCGCACCUUUCUCCCUCUCCCCAUAUAUAAUUUUGGCCCAGGUAGGGUACCCUUUAACCCAUAUUCCUGGUUGCCAUGGCUUUGCAACUUGAAGCAGGGGGAAGAUUAAGCAUCAAUCUG